AACCUUCUCACAAAAACCAACCCAAAAUUGUAUCAAAAAACAAAAAAAACAAAACAACCCAAAAAGGGAACAUAAAAUGGAUUACGUUUUGAUACUUUUGCCACUUGCAUUGUUUCUCAUAGCUUACAAAUUCUUUUCAUCCAAAACGCAGCGUUUCAUUCUCCCACCAGGACCAACUCCGUUUCCUAUCGUCGGCAACCUCCACCUCGUGAAACCACCGGUCCACCGUCUCUUCCGCCGCUUCGCAGAAAAAUACGGCGACAUCUUCUCCCUCCGCUACGGCUCUCGCCAAGUCGUAGUGAUCUCUUCAUUGCCUCUUGUAAGAGAAUCCUUCACCGGUCAAAACGACGUCAUCUUAACAAACAGACCACAUUUUCUGACAGCUAAAUACGUCGCUUACGAUUACACCACCAUAGGAACCGCAGCUUACGGUGACCAUUGGCGUAAUCUCCGACGUAUUUGCUCUCUUGAGAUCCUCUCCUCUAACCGCCUCACCGGAUUCCUCUCCGUACGUAAAGACGAGAUUCGACGGUUGCUCACGAAACUCUCACGUGAAUAUGAUCACGGCCGUGUCGUUGAGCUUGAACCUCUUCUUGCAGAUUUGACGUUCAAUAACAUUGUCCGCAUGGUCACAGGGAGACGCUACUACGGAGACCAGGUUCAUAACAAGGAAGAAGCGAAUCUAUUCAAGAAACUAGUGACGGACAUCAAUGACAACAGUGGUGCGAGCCAUCCAGGAGAUUAUCUACGGAUUCUUAAAGUGUUCGGACACAGCUACGAGAAAAAAGUGAAAUCACUCGGUGAAGCCAUGGACGCUUUCUUACAGCGACUGCUCGAUGAAUGUCGAAUAAAUGGAGAGAACAACACAAUGGUUAGUCACUUGUUGUCUUUACAACUAGACCAACCCAAGUAUUACAGCGACGUCAUCAUCAAAGGCCUCAUGCUCGUAAGACAGAGGAUGGUGUUGUUGGCUUUAGGUUCGUUGAUUCAAUGUUUUGACUGGGAAAAAGUCAACGGUGAAGAUAUUGACAUGACCGAGAAUCCUGGAAUGGCUAUGCAAGCAGCGAACAUCAUUCAGAUGGGAGAUUCAACAUUUCUUGAUAGAAUGCUUCUCCAGCUUCGCUCAACUUGCAAGUAUUACAGUGGUUACCCUAAGGAUCUCGGGCCUUCGCGGGUUCUCCAUUUUACAUCAGAAAGAGAGUUUGUCCAACUCCUUCACCAGGGCUAUCCUGUGGUUGUCGCAUUCACCAUUAGAAGUAACUACACACAACAUCUUGACCGGAUGCUCGAGGAAGCUGCUGCUGAGUUCUAUCCCAACAUUAAAUUUAUGCGUGUUGAGUGCCCCAAGUAUCCUGGAUUCUGCAUAACUCGCCAGAAAAGUGAAUAUCCUUUCAUUGAAAUAUUCCAUAGCCCACAACAAGCAGGUAGUGAAGGAAAGGUACAGGAUCCAAAUAUCACUCGGUAUUCUGUGAAAGUUGUACCUUACAAUUAUGAUAUGAGUCCCUAUGGAUUCAGAGAAUUCUUCAAGCGCCAGGGGGUUCGUACCUCGGAUCCCAAAUGAAGCAACUUCGGAUUCACAAGCUUUUAUGAGUGUAUCAAUGGCUUGCAUGAGCCACCAAUGACUGUUUCAAGAACUAUUGUAUUACUAAAUUUCCCUUUUGCCUUCACAAGAAGAAAUAAAUUCUUAUGAUAUAUGUCUGAGAAUGUUUCUAGUUCUGCGAUUUGCAUGAAUGAAUAAUCAGAGGUGUG